AUGGCCAAACUAGCUCAGUUUCACUUCCUUCAAACCUCAUUAAGCUCCAACUCACCAUCUUUGCCUAGACUUUCUCCAACCCACACCUUGUUGGAGGACUUGGGUCAGUUGGGUGAGCUCAAGACUUUGAAUUCAGAUGUCCAGAUGAUAAAAAUGACCAACAACAACAAAAUGGAUGUAAAGGAGAAGUCUUUGGUCACAUACUACUUGGAGUUCGGUGAUUCCAGGUCAGCUGCAAUGGCUUUCUUUGUGGGCUCUGCUCACUAUCUUCCAUGGAGUAGUUUCCUAGAAGAGUUUAGAAGAUAUGGGAAUGAUUUAGAAGACUCUUAAGUUCUUAAGUUCUUUUGUGAGUUUCAUAGUGGGGGACUAAUAUUUGAUAGCAGAGUUCUUAGUUCUGUUUUGAAACUUUGUGGGAAUUUGAAGGAACUGUGGCUUGGGUUGGAAAUGCAUGCUUAUUUGAUCAAAAGGGGGUUUGAUUUGGAUGUUUACAUGAACUGUGCAUUUCUUAAUUUUUAUGGGAUUUGUUUAGAUAUAGAGAAAGCUAAGCAGUUAUUUGAUGAAAUGUCUGAGAAAGAAGAUAUGUUGUGGGAUGAGGUAAUCAAGCUCAACUCUAAGAAUGGGAGAUGGGUGAAUGUUCUUGAUUUGUUCAGGAAUAUGCAACUGUCAUUUGCUAAACCCAAUAGUGCUACGAUUAUCAAUGCGCUUCAAGCUUGUGGAAAAGUGAGAGCUUUUAAUGAAGGAAAGCAAAUUCAUGGGUAUGUUUUGAGAUGGGGAUUGGAAUCGAAUUUGUCAAUAUGCAAUUCUCUUAGCAUGUACUCCAGAAAUGGCAGACUACAUUUAGCUAGAGCUGUUUUUGAUUCAAUGAGUGAUCAUAAUUUAUUGUCAUGGAACUCAAUUAUCUCUUCUUAUUCUGCCCUUGGUUGCUUGAAUGAUGCUUGGAUUGUUUUCAAUGAAAUGGUGUCUUUGAAUGUUAAGCCAGACAUUGUGACUUGGAAUUGCCUUUUGACCGGCCAUUCUCUUCAUGGCUCGUAUCAAAAAGUACUUGCCAAUUUGAAGAGAAUGCAAGAUGCCGGGUUCAAGCCUAAUUCAAGUUCCAUUAGUAGUGUUCUUCUUACUGAAUUAUGUUUCUUGAAGCAUGGGAAAGAAAUACAUGUUUUUGUGUAUAGAAAUGGACUCGACUAUGAUGUAUAUGUAGGAACUUCGUUAGUAGACAUGUAUGUGAAGAAUAGUUGUUUAUGCUUUGCUCACAUUGUCUUUGACAACAUGAAGAACAAAAGCAUUUAUGCGUGGAAUUCGUUGAUAUCAGGGUAUUCCUUCAAGGGUCUUUUUGAAGACGCUGAACAAUUAUUAAACAGAAUGAGUCAAGAAGGAAUCAAACCAGACUUGGUGACAUGGAAUGGUUUGAUUUCAGGGUAUGCAAUCAAGGGUCGCCAUAAGGAUACCAAAGCCGCAAUUCAGCAGAUGAAAACUUCAGGGUUAACCCCUAAUGUGGUCUCAUGGACUGCACUUAUAUCAGGUUGUUCGCAAAAUGAGAAUCACGCCGCAUCGCUCAAGUAUUUUGUUCAAAUGCAACAAGAAGGUAUCAAGGCAAACUUUGCAACCAUAUCCAGCCUACUUAAAGCUUGUGCAGGACUGUCUUUGUUGCGUAGGGGUGAAGAGAUACACUGUCUAAGCAUGCGGAAAGGUUUCAUUGAGGAUGUAUAUGUUGCCACAGCACUGAUAGAUAUGUACAAGGCAGGCAAUUUCAGAUGUGCCUAUGAGGUUUUUAGGAUGAUUGAAAACAAGACAUUAGCUUCUUGGAAUUGCAUGAUCAUGGGAUUUGCUACAUAUGGUUCUGUGAAAGAGGUUGUUUCUCUUUUCAGUGAAAUUGGGGCUGGUCUGCAGUCAGAUGCUAUAACUAUCAGUGCUGUGAAUUGUUGCAAAAACUCAGGUUUAGUCGAUGAAGGAUGGAAGUUGUUCGAUAGUAUGAGCAGAGAUUACAACAUAGCUCCAACUAUUGAGUAUUUCUCGUGCAUGGUAGAUAUUCUUGCAAGAGCUGGUUAUCUUGAUGAAGCUUGGGAUUUUAUUCAAACGAUGCCAUUAAAGCCGGAUGCUACUGUCUGCGCUUUUCUUGGAUCCUGCAUAACCCAUAAGCACUUGGAUUUUGCAGAGACUACAGCUAAGAAUCUAUUUGAGUUGGAACCUCACAAUCCAGCCAAUUAUGUCCUGGUGAUGAACUUAUAUUCAAUGUCAAACAGAUGGGUGGAUGUGCAACGCCUUAAAGAUUUGAUGAGGAAAGUUGGGGUGAAACAUAGUCCUGUGUGGAGCUGGACACUAAUUGAUCAGAAAAUCCAUACGUACUGUGCAGAAGGAAAACCUCAUCCAGACUCGGGAGAAAUAUAUUUUGAAUUGUAUCCUUUGAUUUCCGAAAUGAAGAAAAUAGGCUUUGUACCUGACAUCAGCUGUGUAUAUCAAAACAUAGAUGCCGUAGAGAAGAAGAUGCUGCUAAGUCACACGGAGAAACUGGCCAUUACCUAUGGACUGAUGAAGAUGAGAAAAAGAGAACCUAUCAGGGUGGUUAAAAACACAAGGGUCUGUUCUGAUUGUUAUACUGUAGCAAACUACAUGUCUCGGGUGCGAAAAUGCCAGAUACUCCUCAAGGAUGGUACUCGGUUUCACCACUUCAGGGAAGGAAAGUGCACCUGCAAUGACUGCUGGUAA